UUCGUCUUCAACUCUCCCAAAAACCCUAGCCCUAGUAUUUCACUUUCGCAACUCCCAAAGGAUUUCAAGCUUCUCCGACGACCGGCUACUCAGAAAUCAACCAUGGGUAAGGUUCACGGAUCACUUGCUCGUGCCGGUAAGGUUAGGGGGCAAACACCUAAGGUUGCAAAGCAGGAUAAGAAGAAGAAGCCAAGAGGACGUGCACACAAGCGUAUGCAAUACAAUCGCAGAUUCGUCACUGCUGUUGUUGGCUUUGGAAAGAAGAGGGGACCAAACUCUUCUGAGAAGUAGAUGAGGACUUCAGUUAUGUUAGGUUGGGAAGUUACUGUUUCAAAAGUUUUCAUCUUUGUGAUGUUUAUAAAUUUUGAUUCUCAGACCUCAUAAUGAGAAAAGACAUGUUUACUACUGGCAUUUGUAGGAUGGAUGAUUACGUUCUGUUUUGCAAGAAUUAAUUAAAUUUUACCCUUGUCUUUUA